GGGAAGGGCGUUGACUUCGCCUCCCGACUGGCGCCCUGUGAUGACGCCAUCGCCGCGCGGCCUUAGGAGCCGAAGGAACGGAGCGCAGCGAUUGUUUUGACCAAGAUGUCGGGCGCCCGAGUCUUGUUUGGCUGGUGACACAAAGGAGACGCGCGAGCUGCGUCCCCGCCUCUCUCUCCGCGGCAGCGCGAAUCGGCGGUGUCCUGCGAUGACGUCACAGAAGUCCCUGAUGAAGACCACUCUCGACACCAGGACUCACGACCGGGAGGACGACGGGCCCAGAGACUGCAGCGCCAAGCGCCAGAGGAGCGAGGCCAAGGCUCCCCUCACUUUGCCCGUCACGCCGUCUCGCUACGAUGCCCCUUUCCCCUUUUACCGGCGGCCGGCUCAGCUGGGACACUUUUCCCUGGACGCCCAGCGCUGUUACCACGGGGACGCUCGCCGCCUGCGCUACUAUGCCCCGCCCCCUAUCGAGGGCCCCUCCCCCGGCUUCGACCUGCGCGACGGCUACCGCGACCGCUAUGUGAAGCAAGAUGAGACCGUCCGCGAGGGGCUGGAGCACUUGCUGAGGUGGAUCACCCAGAACCGGAAGCAACUGCAGACUGAGGACAAAGGACGGCCGCUGAAUGCCGACUUUGUGACGUGGCGGGGGCAUCUCACUAAAGUGCUGACCACGCCCUACGAAAAUCAGGACGGUUGGCUGCUGGCGGUGAGCCUCUUCCGCGGGACUCUGUACAUCAGCGAAGUCGAGACGGAGGCUGCCCGGAGGCAGCGGGAGCAGCGCACAGACCUGCUGAAGGAGCUCAUGUACAUGGGCUACAAGUUUGAGCAGUACAUGUGCUCUGAUACUCCAGACGGGACUCCGGAUCCGACGGGGGUGGUGAACACAAACGAGGCUUUCUGCAUCGUGAUCCGGACCCGCCUGGGAACCCACUCAUUGCUGUUCUCGGGAGAGGUGGACUGCACAGACCCCCGGAGCCCCUGGCCCGACCCUCCAAGCUGUUACGUGGAGCUGAAGACCAGCAAAGUCAUGCAUAGCCCGGCUCAGAGGAAGAGUUUUUACAGGCACAAGAUGAUCAAGUGGUGGGCUCAGUCUUUUCUGCCCGGAGUGUCUCGGAUCGUGGCCGGGUACCGGGGGCCAGAUGGCUCCAUCGUGGAACUGGAGACAUUUGAGACGAUGAAGAUCUUCCAGCUCAUUAGGGAGGACCCGGGCUGCUGGAAGCCGGCGGUGUGCAUGAACUUUUGCGCGGCGUUCCUCGGCUUUGUGAAGAAAGUGGUGACCGAAGACAAUCCGAAGUUGGUCCACCUCUUUGCCUGGGAGCCUGGCCACCCUGUCUCCUUCACAGUGCACCGGGACUCCGAGCACACCUUCCUGCCCGACUGGUACGUGGAGGCGCUGAGCAGCGAGAAGCCCUCGACUCCGCACAUCCCAGACUGAUGGGCUGCAGCUGGAGGGAGAAGCUGGGGUUUUUUUGUAUCUUGAGUGGGCAAGGCAGGGCGGGCGGUUAAACACACACACACGCAGCAGACACAAGGAGGCUGGCACCUGGCGCUCAGAAAGUCAGGGACGCCUGGGAGGGCCCCCAACCCCCCCCCCCCAUCAUCACAAUGAAGGAGGGACAGGGCAAUAAACUAUUAUCG